AGCUGAAAGCCGCAAGGUGCAGCUCUGCCACUGAGCCGAUUGCGCAGCACAGAUCUUCCUCCAUCGUUCAAGACUUUUUUUCUUUCUCUGAAAGUGAAAAUUAAGAAGCAAUUUUCAAGCCUCCAUCUUUCUCACCCAUCUACAUCCAUUUGGGAGGGUCGAUAUGCCGCCCAGGGCCGCCACUCGCACGGCGCGGCUCCGACAGCCCCGUCUCACGGCCCAUGUUGAAAGAAUGCGGCUUCUGACGUACCCUAUGGCUCUCGCCCAGCAAGGCGCUACGGUGCCGCUCAUUCACAGCCAUAAGAGCAGCAACAGCGGCACGGCGUCAGCAGGACAGCGGCCACCGCCUGCACCACCGUCGUCGAUCCCUCCCAUGAUGGGAAGAGAGGGCAGCGCAAUGGACGACCCUUACCACAAGGAAGGUGCCACAUCCGAUGACACGCACAAUCACACGCUGCCGGUGCCGCGCCGCUGGGUUCGAGACGCCGAUGAGCUGUGCAUCGCCUCCAUCCACCGCAGCAACAACAUCAAUCGAAUCAACUCCUACGUGGCCACCUACAAGUUUGAGGACCCGCAGUGGGCUCCGUUGCUGCUGCCAGAGGUGCACGUGCUGCCAAAACCACGCGCGUCCGCAGCGCCCGAUCAAGGGAAGGUAGAAACGGCAGCAGAGCCGACGACGUCUUCCCCACCGCCUCCCUCGUGCACUUCAUCGCCGGACAGCGCGCAGGAGUUCGACGUCUUCAUUGACUACAACAAGCUGACCACGCUGGAGCUCAUCUCCCGCCACGCCAACUACGCCCUUCGGCACCUGGUGCAGAAAGGACACGCGAUGUACCUCAUCAACUUCGCCCAGCACUCCAUCACGCAAAUGCGCGGCCUCGUGGAGGCGUCGUACGUCUCCUGCGCCUACGGCAUCCGCGGCGAGCGGCUGCGCACGCACAUUAUCCACACCGGGCCGGUGGACGUGCGAGACGUAAUGGAGAUCGACCCGGCGACGCAGCGUGUUUCCUUCAACAGGAAGAAGCCGCAUGUGCGGCGUGGGGUGGUGGCGGUGUCGACGGUGGAGGGCUACGGGACGUGGUUCCAGCGCAAGCCGAUGCUGUGGCAGCGGACGCGUCGCAUCGGUGCGCUGCAGAGCCAGAUGGGCAGCUACGACUAUCAACUGUGCGAUCCCGCCGAGGUGGGCCGAUUACGGUCGUACGAGGUGGCACUGCUGGCCCCGCACGUGCGCCUGAUUGGCGCGCAGGGCGGCGCGGAGGCCGUCGCGUUGGUCGCCUCCUCGCAGGUGGCGCAGAACGAGCGGCUGUACAUGGGUCAGUUCGAGGCACCGGUGCUGACGGCGGUGGACGCGGUGCAGCAGCUGGCGCAUCGCACCGCCCUGCACCAUCAACUCGUACGUCCUGCGGCGGGAGAAGCGGAGGGGACGACACCCCCAACAACAGCUGCAGCAGCGGCGGCGGCGGGCCACGAUGACCCGCAGUCGCAGGAGCGGCGUCGUCUCGCCGGGAUGGAGCGGUUGCUGCCCGUGAGUUGGGUGACACGCACCCCGCCACCUUACGUGCCUCUCGAGGCGGACUUGCCCUUCCGCAUCCAGAUGUCUCGCCCCGCUGUGAUCCGCACGGACCGGCAAACCGGUCAAGGUGCGGCGGCCGCUGCCUUUCCCACCGGUGGCGCCGUCGGCUCCCCCUUCGUGAAGGGGGUCCCGCUGUCGCUGUUCGAGUACAACAUCCACCAGGGCGUGGACCACUACGUCUUCGACGACGCCCCGAGCGCCCGCCCGCUCAAGUGGUGGAAUCAGAAGUCAAACAUGCCGUACAACGGCUACUUGUACGCGAUGCGUAGCGGGCUGCUGGACCACGUGGAGCCGGCGGGGAGGAUCGCCAACCCGCUGGCGCCGCCGUCGUCGUCCAAGGCCCGGUCCUCCGUGAGGUCGGCGAAGCGUCGCCGCAGACGUCAAACACGCGGGCGGUGCAGUGCUGAAAAGGGCGUUGAGAGUGUGAUGGAGCGGGGGGAUGACGCGGCGCAUGCCUCCCCGGUCUCUACCCCCGAGGUGAACAGCAGCACUGCAGAGCAGGCAGAGGGUGAUGAGGCCGCGCACUUGACUUCAAUGGAGCUCCAUUUGGCAGGCGAGGUGCUGCCGGCCGGAGCGGAUGUGCUCGCCGGGCACGACAACGACGCCCGUCAGGCCGCCGCGCUGCAGUGGUCAGAGGAUGGCAGCGACGUGGCGGUGAGUGACCGACCGCCGCUGCACACGCUGGUCGAGCCGAACAGUGCGGCGCAGCGGCGGUUACGGCGGUACGCGAAACGUGCCGCUGCGGCAACGUCGACGGCGCACCGCACGGCCGGUGUUUCUGCUGCAGCCGGUGCCGCGGCGAUGCCGCUGGAGGAGCGGGCGGAUGCAUUGUUGCGGCGUCAGCUGCGUCUCCGCCGUCUGCAGCAGAAAGACACGCGAAAAGGACACGGCGAGGCAGUCGCAGCAAGCACUACCCCCGCAAGCUCAAAUGGGGGUGCGGAUACGGUGUAG